AUUUCAAUCCACGCACUCAAACCAAUCCACUCACUUCCAACCCCGACAAUCCAACCCAACCCACACAACCCUACAGCCAAAGCGAAAGCAGAAAGAAAGCAAUAGCAAAAAAAAAAAAAAAAUGAACCUCCUCCCCCUAAUCCUAACCCUCACCCUCACCCUUACCUCGCCCAUCCACGCAAAGACCGACAUCGGGGCCCCAUGCACCUCCUCGACCACCUAUGUUGACGGCAUCUUCACCCGGAUCUUCUACAUCCCGGAAACCGGCGAACUCUGCGAACUGAUCGAUUGCGGUGGCGGCCGCGCGCCGCCCAAGUCUACUGUCCCCGGCUGUCCGCUGUAUACCGGGACUGAGCCGGUGCCGACGCAUUACUUACCUGGUUGGGGGCCUGAGGGGCGGUUGGGGGAGAGUUCGGUUUCCGCUACUGCUACGGGUGUGGCUGCGACGGGGACGGGGGCUGUCGCUUCGGAUUCUGCUUCUGCUGGGACGGGUAAUUUGGGGGUUUCUUCUGCGUCUUCUGCUGCUGCUACGGAUGCCGCUGCGGCGGGGACGGUGACUGGAUCUGCAUCUGGGGCGAGCUUGAUUACUGCUGCUCCGUCGGUUAGUGGUUCGGGGAUUCAGGGUGCAUCGGGUAUGUCCGGUGCGUCGAGUGCGUCCACUGCGGCUACGACUUCAGCUGUUAAGGGGAAUAUGGCUCCGCGUGCGAUGGGAGGUGCUGCUGCUGCUGCUGCUGGGGUGGCGGUGGUGCUGGGGGGUGCGGUUGCUCUUGUUGCCGGGGUGGCUUUUUAGGGCCCAAGCUGGUUGUAGGGUUGGAUCUGGGUGUUUGGGAUGAUGUUUGCAUAUUAUGCUCCUGUGUGUAUAUUAGUAGUUUUCUCUUUGCUG